AUGUCACGAAAGGUUAAGGUAUUGAUUGGGGCAACUGGUAGUGUAGCAAGUAUUAAAAUCCCCAUACUCGUAAAAUCUUUAUCACAGAAACAGAAUGUUGAAAUCAAAGUUGUAUCAACAGAUAGAGCAUUACAUUUUUUCGACAGGGAGGCUCUAACAAGGGAAUUUGGUGUACAAGUUGUUACCGACGUUGACGAAUGGAAGGCAUGGAGUAAAGUAUCAGAUCCUGUAUUACACAUCGAGUAUCGAAAUUGGGCAGACUUGUUUAUAAUCGCACCACUUGACGCAAAUACACUGGGAAAAAUUGCGAAUGGAUUAUGUGACAACUUGAUUACAUGUAUAUUAAGAGCGUGGGAUACGAAUAAACCGGUCAUUGUUUGUCCAGCAAUGAAUACUUAUAUGUGGGAGCAUCCAUUCACAUCAGAUCACCUUGAAAUUGUAAAGAAGUUGCGACGAUCGUAG